CUGUCUGCUUCUAAAAAGGAGUGCCAAGGAAGUGCUGUAAGAAGGACUGCUGGGGGAACAGAAGAGAGUACUUCUGAGAAGACACAAUGUCACACUGAGACCCCACAGCCAGUUGAAAACUACAUCAGUGAAGGAGAGUUUGAAGACGAUCUGAGUUCUUCUACCCCGAGCACAACGGAGCUGGAGGUCCGUGGAUCCAGCCAAGAAACAGAUGAAGAUUAUUUUGAAACCGUGUCACAUCAGAGCGGAUCUUUGUCAGAUGUAAAAACUGAGCCUUAUGAGAGUGCAUCAGACACAGAAUCCCUUUCCAGUGACAUAACUGGGAAUGCUUGCUCAGAUUCAAACUGCCUGUUUACUGGAAAAAAACCCCUGUGCUGUAAUCUUCCCAAAGAAAAGGCAGAAACCUUCCAUGAACUGAAGUGCUCCAGGCAACCAGAGUUCACCCAGCACGUACAGCUAGAAUUGUCCUCCAAAAUAAAAGAAGCACCAAGCAAAACUGAAUUUUUCAUCCAGUUUGCAGACUUAGAGGGUGAAGAAUUGGGUGAUGAAGAGCAAACGUUAUCCAGUGAUAUUUCCAUCACAGAGAGCCAAGUCUAUGAAGAGAGCAUUUUAUCACAGGCAAAGAGAAAGUCUGUAACAGCACUGCAGAGUAAGGCACAGUUAGAAAGCAGGGAAGUGCAGUCCUGUACCAACUCAGUACUUACAGAAAAUGAUGUUGCAAGACUGAAGGAACACCCUGCAGUAUUUAGCAUUGCUUGUUUCAAAGCAAACUCAGAAAGUUGUUUGAUUUUUCCUGAGGUACAGCAGUUUUCCUUCCGGUCAGAUGCAGCACCAAGCUGUAGUUUGCCUAAUCUUCAUUUUGAAACAAAUGGGCCUAACUGUAAAAGUGACACUGAGACAUCUGACUGUAAGUGUGAAUUAGAGUCUAUGUCCAGUAUAAAAUGCUGCAGGAGGAAUUCAGCUGACAGUGAGGACACUACAGGUAAAAGGAUAAAACAUGGAAGUACAGAGACCAUGUUGACAUCAGAUUCACUCUUCUACCAGAGUUGCUUUAACCCAAAAUCUUGGCUACCACAAAAAAGGUCAGAGAUUACAGAAAGUAAAGCAUGGCACAGUGUACCUGAAAAUAUCAGUGCUCAAAGGGAGACAGAAUGUGUGGUAAGCUGUAUUCACCCAACAGACAAAUUUAGAUGGUCAUGCUCCAGAAUACAUCUUCAAGAGCCGGAUUUUGAAUACACUUGGAAAAACUUAGGAAGGGUGACUAUAAGCUCUGAAAAGGCUAUAGAAAUAGAGGGCCAGUUUGGUAUAAAAGAACCUUUUCUUGAUACUGACACAGAUUCAAAGGUGUGUCAGGUUUCCCAACCAGCAGCCUCUCCCCCGUGCAUUGAUUGUUAUUUGCACUCUAAAUCAGAGACGUGUGGCCUUAGCCCAGAGCCAGCUGGUACUUGUGCUGACAUCUUAACAUGGAGUGAUGCUUGUGAGGAAAAUCCAAUCCAAAAGGAGACAUCCUCUUCCCUGGAUUGUGAUCCAGGGAUCAAAAAUGCUGAGGAACUUACACAAAACAAUGAGUACAAAGCUGAAGGAGAUCUGGAAGUGAGCAGAUUCCCAUGUGAUAUUGGUGUUGAAUUGGAUACUGAGAGCCCUGCAGCUUCACAUGCAGCUGUUCCUGCUGGUGUGGAAAGCAGAGACUGGGAUUGCUCUGUAAACUGUGUUUCCAGUAGUGGAAUACAGCACAACCAUUUGAAGGAGAAUGGCCUUGAAUCUGAGCUGUCAGAUACACAGAUUAUGGCAGGGGAAAGAUGGGCAGAUGAUUCUUCUGAUCUUGGCUUUGGUUGGAAAGUCCUGGAAACUGCAACGCAGCCAGAUGGCAGUGACAGAGGGGCAGAGCAUGGAGAGUCAGUGCAGCAAAAUACAAAUUGCAAAACUGGUGCCUUGAGGAGCCACUCAGAGCUAGGAACAAAUGAACAUCCUACUCAUAAAGGAAUGGAUGAAGAGAGUGUCUUUGCUGUUGAAAGGACCCUCAGAUCAGAUUAUAUAAGGCAGGGAAAGGAUUUAAUGACUGCUCCAGAAUUAAAGCCAGCCCUAAUUAUAGUCCCUGUGGAAGAGAAAGGAUUACAGUCCAAACCACUGAAUGAUAACCUUCCUACUGAAGUGGUAGCUGAAAGAUUGGGAAAUGCAGUGAGCAAGGAUUUGAUGUCUCCUCAUACUGUCAGUAAAGCUCAUGGUGAGCCAGAGAGAGUUCUGAGUGGAUGCUGUAACUGUGAAGAACAAAUUCUGGCCACCCACCCCAUUCCUGGCAGUGCAGAGGUACUUUCUGGUAGGGAUACAGCUGAAGUAAAAACAGAAAUUUCAGAAGAGAAAAGAGAGAAAACAGAAGCAGUUUCAUCCUUAGGGCUCACCUGUAGUAAUUCUGCUGUAGCAAGUGCAAAAUUGGAAUUCAGGAAUGUUGCUGUACCACUAGGCAGUGAUACGCUUCCUGCAGAAAUUCAGACAGAUCGAUGUGAAAAACCACUUGUAUGUGAAAAAUCCCCCAGUGGGAGAGGUGUGAAGCUCUCUGAGGAUGAGCACUGCAGAGCAAGGCCACUGGUGACUGGAGCAGUGACACUGGAAACCAGCAGCAGUGUAAGCAGUGUGUGCCAGGGAGCUGGGGCUGGUGUCAGCCUUGAAGGGCCCAGCACUGUAAAAUCACAGGGUAGAAGUGGUGUGAUGGUCUUUGAGGAAGGGCCCUGCAGAACAAAGAGGGGUUUUGAAUUCAGGAGAGAACAGUUUGGAAGGUCAGGCUUUAGAAACCCUGGAAGAAGCAAUGACCAGAUGUCUAAGGAAGAGGAAUUCAAAGCAUAUCGAAGCACAGAGGGAGGUUUGAAUAUUACCAGGGCAGUGACACUGGAAAUGAGCAGCAGUAUGAGCAGAUUGUGGCAGGGAGAUGGUGCUGGUGUCAGCCUUCACUGGCCCAGCAUGGUCUCUGAACAAGCAGUAAGCAGGCGAGGAAAGGAAAGCUGUAAGGGCUCAAAGGAAGAAACAGGUAUUUGUGAAGAACCCUCUCCUAGGGAAGGAAAGGAGGGCUCUGCUGCAGAAGACACCUCUAGCCCCAGCAAAGACAGUGCACUCAGUCUGGAUGUGUCUGAUGUCUUUGAUGAGCCUCUGAACAGGGAGACCCACAGCACUUUCAUGCUGGGCCUGGACAAUGUAAGUACCUGCAGCACCAACAGCGAGGAACUGGAUGAGAACCCAUCCCACAUCCUGGGCAGUAACAGCAAUAUUCAUAAAGCUGUACAAAAGCCAACAAGGAAUGAGUAUAGUGGGAAAGCUUCCAGGUUUUUAGUAUUCCCAAAAAUGACAUCUUUCAGGAAAACUAAGCCUGUCUCCUGGGAAAAUCAGGGAAGCAGCAAUAUCUUUGGCAGCAAGGCAAAGAUGGAAGAACUUGAUGUUGGGAAAGAUGAUGAAGACACUGCAAGUUUACUGUCUUUCAAAAGUUGUUCAUCUGGUUUAGUCUUCCACAGGAAGGAAAGCUACACCUCUGAGUACUCUGAUGAUGAUGAUUUAUUUUAUGAGAGACCUGCAGGAUUUUUCAACAGAUUGAGCCUGAGGAAAGCCUCUGGCUCUGGUCGGAUACUGAUGGAAGAUGCAGAUCGACAAGUUCCAGGUUCAUCUGAAAACAAUGACACUGAACCUGUGGAGCAUUCAGGGAUUAGAAAAUCAAUCCCUGAAAAUGAACACAAAAGAAACAAAACCCCUGAGGGUAAGAAGUUCAGGACAAGGUUGGCCUUGGCGCACAAAUCCCUCUCAAGCUUAUUUGAGUCCAAAUGUCCAGAAAAGGAGAAUACUGAGCAAAGCUCAAAAGCACCAGUAAAAAAUGAAAAGGAGAAAGCCAAACUUCGCCAGAGUGCCUGGAAAGCUUUUCUAAAGAGCAAGGAGGCAGAUGGACUAAAAAGGCCUGUCUUAGUAAGUUUAUCAUCCACACAGGAGAGUCUUAAUGCAGCUGAUGGCCACGUGUUAACACCACUAGAGCAACAGUAUAGUUCCAAUAGACACACUUAUCUAAAAACAGAAACAGAUAAUGGCUCCUCAACAGACUCCAACUAUUUUGACAGCUCUGUGGAGCCUGUUGAUGUCUCUUUACCUGCACGUAUGUGGAGAAGACGAAUACAGUCCCAUGACUUGGGUAUCAGAUACUCACAGAGUUCAGACUGUGAUGAACAGCAGGAGGUUCUGAGCAACAGUUUAAAUACUUCCCUAGAGGAAUACUGGAUGAAAUCUCCAUUUAGCCCCACUGACUUGCAGUUGGCAUUUAGUCAGUCAAGUCCAUCAUGUCCCCAGCUCUCCAGUUCUGAUGGUAAAGACAUGCCUUGUAGGCCCAUGAGUCCCAAACCUCAGAGUUCACGAUCCACUUCUCAGCACAAGAACUUGCGUUACCCUGGGCGAGUUUGUGCCGCUUCUAUGAUCUCUCUUGGGAACAGCUCUGGAGUGGAAAGCAGUCUGGAGGCUCCUGAGAGGCCAAAGACACUGAAACCCAGAGGAAGUCUCUUACACUCAUUGGAUGACUUCCAGAGGGAUGACAGUGGCAUAAGCAGCCAAUCCCAGAUCAGCUUAACUACAGCUUCUUCCAUUAGUGACAUGCUCCGAGAUGAGUUUGUAAAACAGGAGUCUAAACAGCCAUGUCAAACAGCAGCUGGGAAGAGGCCAAGUAAGAAAUGGGUUCCCCACCGCAAAAGGAGGCCCCCCCGGGUCCCACCAUGCCCUGUCUCCACCCUGGAGAGCAGAGCCUGCAGGCUCUCCUUCCCUGCUCCAGAUGAAAAAGCCAAGGAGAUGCCAGAGAGGAGGAGGAAGAGACCCAAACCCCUCUAUAAGUGCUUCAGCUUCGAUGAUGUUUGGAUGGAGAGGAAUCAAAAAAGGAAGCUAGAGAAGGAGACACAGCCAGAGGGAGGGGUUCAAUUGCAACAUCUCCCACAGGACCCCUCAAAAGCUGAAGUAAGUCCAUCCACCACAUCUCCUGUUGCCUUUGACGUCCUGCCACUGAAGCUGCAUCCCUUUUCCCAGAGCACGCCGACAGGCCUGGACUGCGUGGGCUGGAAACGGCGCGUCUCCGCUCCCGUGAUCACUGAUGGAGGCCUGGACAAGACAGCCCUGACCGACGAUGUGGGGAGCGAGGAGGAUCUGUACGAGGAAUUCCGCAGCUCCAACCACCGCUACGGCCACCCCGGGGGCGGCGGCGAGCAGCUGGCCAUCAACGAGCUCAUCAGCGAUGGCAGCGUGGUGUACGCAGAGGCCCUCUGGGACCACGUCACCAUGGACGACCAGGAGCUGGGGUUCAAGGCCGGCGACGUCAUCGAAGUAAUGGAUGCCACCAACAAGGAGUGGUGGUGGGGGAGGAUUCUGGACAGUGAGGGCUGGUUUCCAGCCAGCUUUGUUCGGCUGCGGGUGAACCAGGAUGAGCCCAUGGAAGAUUAUCCCCUGAAGGUGGAGGGGGGCAAAGAGGACUUUGGGAUGGGCCAGACCACCAAAGACCAAAUGAGGACCAACGUCAUCAACGAGAUCAUAAGCACAGAGAGAGACUACAUCAAGCACCUGAAGGACAUUUGUGAGGGUUACAUUAAGCAGUGCCGCAAGAGAGCCGACAUGUUUACAGAAGAACAGCUGAAGACAAUCUUUGGGAAUAUUGAGGACAUCUACAGGUGCCAGAAGAAAUUUGUUAAAGCACUAGAGAAGAAAUUUAACAAAGACCACCCACAUUUGAGUGAGGUUGGCUCAUGCUUCUUGGAAUAUCAAACAGAGUUUCAGAUCUACUCCGAGUACUGCAACAACCACCCCAACGCGUGCCUGGAGCUGUCGCGCCUCGCCAAGGUGAACAAGUACGUUUACUUCUUCGAGGCCUGCCGCCUGCUGCAGAAGAUGAUCGACAUCUCCCUGGAUGGCUUCCUGCUCACCCCCGUGCAGAAGAUCUGCAAAUACCCCCUGCAGCUGGCUGAGCUGCUCAAGUACACCAACCCCCAGCACAGGGAUUUCAAGGACGUGGAGGCUGCCCUGAAUGCCAUGAAGAACGUGGCUCGGCUCAUCAACGAGAGGAAGCGGCGCCUGGAGAACAUCGACAAGAUCGCUCAGUGGCAGAGCUCCAUAGAGGACUGGGAGGGAGAAGAUGUCCUAGUCAGAAGCUCAGAACUCAUCUAUUCUGGGGAAUUAGCCAAAAUCUCCCACCCUCAAGCCAAGAGCCAACAGAGGAUGUUCUUCCUCUUUGAUCACCAGCUUGUCUGCUGCAAGAAGGACCUUCUGCGCAGGGACAUCUUGUACUACAAGAGCCGGAUCAACAUGGAUGACAUGGAAAUACUGGAUGUGGAAGAUGGCAAAGACAAGGACUUCAAUAUCAGUGUGAAAAAUGCAUUUAAGCUGCACUGCAGAGACACUGAGGAAGUCCAUUUAUUCUGUGCAAAAAAGCCUGAGCAGAAACAGCGCUGGCUGAAGGCAUUUGAGAAUGAGAGGAGGCAGGUGCAGCUCGACCAGGAGACAGGGUUUUCCAUCACGGAGGUGCAGAAAAAGCAGGCAAUGCUGAAUGCCAGCAAGCAGCACCAUGCUGGGAAGCCCAAGGCUGUCACCAGGCCCUACUACGACUUCCUGAUGCGGCAGAAGCACCCCACCCUGCCCACCACGCUCCCUCAGCAGCAGGUCUUCAUGCUGGCAGAGCCCAAGCGCAAGCCCUCGAACUUCUGGCAGAACAUCAGCAGGCUGACGCCCUUCCGGAAAUAGGGGCAGCCCCGUGUUUGUGCCUGAACCCCUUCUGAGAAAGCACUUUAUCCGUCACUCCUGGCAGGUGGAGCCCAGGCUCAUCCAGCCCUGUGUUUACAGAGGAUGGCACAGGUGCUCCUGCCUCCCCUAUUUAUUUUGCAGCCCUGCUGACCCGCUGGCUCCGGGGUGAGGCCGCGUGGGCCAGCCCUGCAGUGCCCAGCAGCAGAGCUCCAGGAGCGUGCAGCAGGGAGCUGGACAGGCUGCAGCCCCAGAGAUUUACCUUGUCAGCUCUACUUGGACUCACUUGUCCCGCUGUGCCCACCAUGCUGGCUGGCAGCUGCCACAGGGGAGGGCAGCUGAUGGACCCGCUGGCCCCGUGGCCACUGCCCUGCUCAGAACAACAGUUCGGAGUCCGUGACGAGGAGGGAUGAACCCUUCUGCUCUGCCCAGCCCAUGCCCUGCAUUUCUCAGAGCUGUGAUCCUCCUCCACGUGUCCAACGCACUCAGCAGCCUCUGCAGGCCCUCAGAGCACAGUGAGCACUGCACUGUGACCUCCUCCUCCCUUUAGUGCAACAGCACCGGUGAAAGGUGUCCUACAUUAAACUGUGCCAACCUGCAGCAUGAGUCAAGUCGAAGAAUCUCUCUAGUGGGUUUCAGUUACAUAAGUUAGAGAAAAAUGUGCCUAAUUAAUACCAUACUCAAUUCUUUAAAUUCUCGUCUCUCCAUCAUUCUGCCAUAUUUCCUGGCCAAUGAAAAUGCUCAUUGUUUGUAAUGUGUUUAUUUAUGGUAAAAAUCAGAACUGUGUAUUUUGUAAGUCUGUAAUUGUUCUUGUCAGAUGUUGUUAACUUGAUGCCUGUUUUGUCUGUUUAAUUUUUCUUUUCUUUUUUUUUUUUUUUAAAGAAAGGUCAAUAUUUGCAAACCUAGCUCCCAGAAGUCAGAGUCUGCUGUUCAACUCUGCAACGUCAUUGUUAUGCAAACUCCCACAGACCCUCAAAUUCAAGGAGUGUUACUGACACUUUUAAAAAUGGAAAACCACUUGAUAAAGGCCUAAAUUUGGCAUAAGGAGCCUCACUUUAAGUACCCAAGUUUCAAUGGUGGCCAAAAAGAAUGAAUUUAAACCUUGGUUAGCAAAAAGAAAGAUUUGCCUUACCAUAGUGAGAGUUAGAAGCCAUACUGACUGAAUUCCCUAGAUUAGGAGACAUCCUGUGACAGUGGAAGGAAGACACUGGCUCAUUCCAGCUCAGGUGUGAGUGAACACUGCAGAGCUCAGAAAUCCAGUGUUUGUUGAUGCUGUAGCUGACCAAAGUCUGGUCAUCCAGGGAUAUCUGAAUUCAGUAGCAUGUACAAAGUCCUUCUUGCACUAUAUCUUCCCCCCAGACCAGGGGCAACAUUUAAUUUCAUAAAGAAACUUGUAAAAGUGACUCUCAGCCUGUGUUUGUCUCCAGCCCGUCUCUAUCUGUGUGAAGCUGUUUCUUUCCAAAGUCACUGUGGGGAUUGUGCUCUGGCAGCUCCACCAGGGGCUGCUCAGCCACAGGGGCCCUCAGAGCACCAUCCCAGCUGUGGGGACACAGGAACAUGACCUGGGGUCACUCUCUGCUCCGGGGAGGACACUGGGUCAGUGCUGGGAGGGAGGGGGGGGGGGCAAAAGGAAAAAAAAACCAACCAAAAACACUAAGAAGCCACUGAGAUCAGGCAGCUACAGCAGUUUUAGCACAACAUACACCCACAGCCAUCAAGAGAGAGACACAGGGACACUGAAAGACACCCAGAGACACACGUGGCCCAGCAGAAACACCGAGGCACUGCCAGGUGUGUACAGACACCCACGGGGGGAGAUGGUGACCAGGAGACCCUGACACACACAGACACACACACACAGGUAAUGCCAGACAGCUGCAGCCAGCACCACUCAUAACAGAAGACAAUUGUCAUUUCUGUGUUUACCCUAAUGUCUGCACCCUCCUUUCCCUAUCCAUGGCAUGUUUGUUUUGAUUGGCCAGGAAGCAAACCUGUUGGCACUAAAAUGAUCAAUUUUCUCAGCUUACCAUCAGCCUUGUAGUAAAUGGAGGGGGGCAGAGGACAAUCCCCUCCCCAACAGAUAGAGGAUCACACCCCCCACACGAGCAUGGCCAGCUGUGACAAUGCAUCAGGUUGCUCAUAGCCUUGUCCAGCUGCUAUCUGGGUUCACUCAAGGAUGGAGAUUCUCCUAAAACCUCUUUAUAUCCCUGCUCAAAACCACUCUGUCCCCAGUGUGAAGGAAGUGCUGACAUCUAUUCAAAGCUCCCCUUGCUGCAUCUGGUUUUAGACAGAAUGCUGCUCAAUAUACUCAGCUUUACAUCUACAACGAAGUCACUGGUAGAAAUCCUCACCUCUUCUCCAAGGGAAAUGGGGUGAGAGUGGCACAGGACCACAGAGUGCAACAACCCUGCCCUUCCUCCCCCCUGAAACACACACAAGAAUUGGCUACUAUUACUUACCUGUGUAGCAAUACUCUGAACAGUAAAUAUGCAUCCAGUGGUUAAAAUAAUCACAUCAUUUAUCAGCUCUUCCACAAGUGGCUGCAUCUCUGACCAGUGCGCACAAAGGAUUUACAGAGACACUUUUUUUACAAUAUUUCUGAAGUGCCAAACCAGACUUAUCUGGCCAGACAGCAUCCCAGUCAAUGGGCAGUUGAUUACUUCUGGAAGAAUUUUACUCUCCACUUGACUAUCAGUACUCUUUCUAAAAAGUGUCCUAAGUUGGGAUUCUAGUCUUGAAUGCCACAUUAGGAUCCAACCCCCUAUGCAAGACUGAGAUCAGGUAAAAAAGCUGAUCACACAAAGUGGUGGAGUUACAGCAGCACAGAAAACAGGUAAGGCUCAAACCCAUAAACCCAUUGUGCUCAACAUGCCCAGCCCAGAGUCUGCUCUGAAGAGGAUUUCAUCACAAAAUACCAUCCUUAGUUUAACAGCCAGCACCACCUCCCAACUCUCACCAUAACCCUCGGUGUUUCCUGAACAAACUGUCACAGAUCAGGUGUAACCUCCUUAGGUUUUAAGUGAUCAGACACUCAAAGUCACCUCAUCCCCCAAGUUACUCAUUAAAUGGCAAAGUGUACCUGUGUGUGAGAUGGUAACAGAUUAACCAAGCCCAGACUUCCCUGCUGCAUCUGGAUUUGGGCUGGAGUGGCUCCCACUGCUCUGCCAAUGGACAGAACUGGGGUGAACCCGUGUGCAGGCUGGACUGGGGGUGUGCAUAGCGAGCAGAUCCCAAGGGCAUCAGCUAAACUUGUGAGAAUGGGAUUUCUGGCUGGCCAAGCACUGCCUCUGACAAGCUCUCUGAGCUAAAUGGACAAGACCAUCGUGCCAGUUCCACAAAAGUGUCCAUUUGAACCAUCAAGAAUCAGAGGUGUGAGAUAUCAGCAACCUUUUCUCUGGAGCUGAACCUUCAACAGGGGCCAGAAAUGCAGAUUUGCAUACAAAACAAACUGAAGCUCCUGAUGUGAGUCCGAACACCACCAAUCCUCCUGGAUUUUAGGGUAGAACCAGCUGAACUGCUCAGAAAAAUAGUUCUGCAUUGAGUUACAUAAAGAGGACAAAGAGACUGAGUCAGGGGAGGUUUGGAUAUUUUUUAGGGGUGUUGGUUCUACCUGUUCCUCUCCUUCUGUAGAUAUCCAUUUAGGAAGCUUCUUGCAAAAACAGCCAUGAUUCUUAACGACCUAAAUCUGCCCAGAUUUCAUUUGGCCAAAUAAAACACAGUAUUAUGCAAAGGCUGUGAAUCAAAUGAAAGAAUGAUUUACUGAAGCUACCAGUUAAAUGAACCAGUGGCUACUAAAUAACACAGUCUGUGCUCUGACCAAAAAAAAAAAAGGAAAAAAGCCUCUAUUUUAAACUAUUAGUUUAGAAUAGUUUCAGACACUGUGGGUGUAUAUACUGUUCAAGUUCUAAUAGCAUCAAAACCAGCACGAACUGUCUUUGUGCUAACUCACAGUAAGAACUAGGUCAGUUCCCAUGGAGAGAAGAGUUCCCCCAAAGCAGCCUUUAAUAUCUCUCCUGUUUUGUCCAUUCCCUGAAGGACUGUGGGGUGUCAGCUGAGGAGGAGCCCCAUCUUGUGUCCAGCAGAGUCCUUGGCUCACCGAGUACACUGCAGGAGAUUCCCACUGUGCAGGACACUGCAGAGCCAGCACAGCUCUGUCACCAGGAGCCAAGCAUGUGCAGCUGGGUAUCCCAACUGCUUCCCAAAACCACCUGAAAACCAGGCCUCACUGUCACCAUAGGGAUAACUCAGAAUCAAGGCACCUGCCAGUAACAAAAGAAUCUCAGCUUCAGACUGAGAACACUUCAUAUCUUUGGAUGCCAGAAUGACAGAAAUUAGUUUUUUUU